CUGACUAGCCUUCUCAUAAUGGCCUCCAAAUCACAAGAUGCACACCAUACCUCAACCCCGUCGGAUUUCCCACCCUCAGGGCCUGGAUAUAAGGUCUACAAGCGUCGUUUCUUGGGACUGGCCCAGUUGGUGUUGUUGAACAUUGUGGUCAGCUGGGAUUGGUUAACCUUCUCCUCCAUAUCCACCACUGCCUCUCAGCAUUUUGGCGUCUCCGAAAGCGCAAUCAACUGGAUGAGUACAGGAUAUCUAUUUGCCUUCUGUGCCGCUAGCCCGUACGUCUUCUUGCAUCCUGUCGUCAUUUUCACGCUCAAUAAAGGUGGCCCCAAACCAGCCAUUAUCGCCACGUCCACCCUCCUGUUAGUGGGGAAUUGGGUUCGAUAUGCAGGCACAAAAGCCCGUGGAGGCAUGUUUGGUGUUGCCAUGUUCGGCCAGAUCCUUAUCGGUUUGGCUCAGCCGUUCUGUCUCAGCGCUCCCACACGGUACAGCGACCUAUGGUUCUCGGACCAAGGGCGCACCAGUGCAACGGCCGUGGCCACAUUAGCCAAUCCAUUGGGAGCAGCUCUGGGCCAGUUAAUCGACUCCUUCUGGGCGACGAAGCCCAGCGAGGUUCCCGAUAUGGUUCUGUAUAUCUCAGUCAUUGCAACAAUCGCCGCUAUCCCCUCCUUUUUUCUCCCAUCAAAACCCCCAACACCACCCAGUGCAUCCUCAUCGACAACCCGCACGCCUCUCCUCCCAGCAAUGGCCCAACUUUUUAAGACGCUAGAGUUCUGGCUCAUCCUCAUCCCCUUCUCAGUUUAUGUCGGCUUCUUCAACAGCGUCUCCUCCCUCCUCAACCAGAUCCUCGCCCCCUAUGCCUUCACCGAAACCGAAGCCGGAAUCGCAGGCGGCAUCCUCAUCAUCGUCGGUCUAAUCAGCUCCGCUAUCGUCUCCCCAAUCACAGACCGCUGGAAACACUACCUGACCACUAUCCGCAUCCUAGUCCCCAUCGUAGCAGUCUGCUACAUCGGUCUGAUCUUCGCCCCACCCAGCCCGGCGGGCAUCGCCCCGGCCUACGUCGUCUGUGCCCUUCUCGGCGCCUCCUCCUUCGCCCUCCUCCCCGUCGUUCUGGAGUAUCUCGUCGAGAUCACGUAUCCGUUCUCCCCCGAGAUCGGGAGCACAAUCUGCUGGACGGGCGGCCAGCUCCUCGGGGCCGUCUUCAUUCUAGCCCAGGAUGCACUCAAGUCAGGUCGUGACGCUGACCCGCCGGAGAACAUGAGAAAUGCGCUCAUCUUCUCGGCUGUUAUUGCUUGUGUUGCGGUGCCGUUUCCUAUCUCGAUUGGACUGUUUGGGAGGAAUGUCAGACGUCGAAGAUUGGAUGUGGAUAGAGGGGUUGAUCUGGAGGGUCGUGAGUAUACUGAUACUGGUCUUGCGGGGAAUGAUACCUUUGCACCUGGGACUGAGUCGAAGUCUGGUUUUAAGUUUUGGUCCAGAAACAAUAGUUAG